UAUAUGAGAAUGUAAAGUACGUAAAACCAUCCUUUAAGAUGCAGAUUUCUUGAAAGACCGUUCAUAUUUAUAGAACUAUGAAACAAUUUUUCAGUUUGCGACUCGUACCGUCGGCCAUAUUUUGUGUCAUUGUUGUAAUUCUUUACAUGUUGGUUGCAUAUGGGGACAGUGUUUAUCCCAUUUUAGUUACAAAUUUAGCUAUAUCAGAAAAGUCAUACGUAAAUGGAACAAAUAUUUCUACAAAAUAUUCCACAGCUCAGAGGAUAACAUACAUACAAACGAUGUCUUUUGUGAGCACGGUAUCUGUAAGCACGAAAUCUAACAGAAAUAUUGAAAAUGUUCAUUCAAACAGAAGUGUUCCGAGCCUUACAGACGACGAAUUGAAACAAAUCAAAAGAACCUGGUAUAAUUCUCCUAUUGUAGUAAUGAAAUAUAAAUUGAUAUUCUUUUGGAACGAAAAAUCAGGCUGCAGUUACUGGAAAAGUCUCCUUCAAUUCAUACAGGGACUGAAGCAUGACGAUAUGCAUAACCCCUCUGUAAAUGGAUUGCAGUAUCUUAUUAACUUUAAAGAUAGGGAUAUUGUAUCGAUGAUGUAUAAUGAUUCCUGGACAAAAGCAGUAUUUGUGAGAGAACCUAGAGAGCGGAUACUAUCAUGUUAUCUAGACAAAGGUUUGAACAAUGGCUUUAUGAUGGUCAAUUUUAAACGUACUGUGAAAACAUUUUCGGAAUUUUUAGAACUUGCAAAACAAUGUUACAAUGCACAUUGGGAAUCACAGGUAAGGGCACCAAAGUAUUUCUAUAAGAACAUGAUGAUUGGAAAAAUGACAAAUAUGUCUACCUUUACAGAAAAGUUGUUAACAAAAAUCGGAGCAUGGAACGAUACCGUGAAAAAUUGGCUCGAUUCUAAAGAAAGUGAAAAAAAAUCACGGUCACAUGCUCAAAACGCAGGGGACAAAUUGUUACAAUAUUACAACGAUACAAAAUUUCAAGAUGUGAUUUUUGAAAUGUUCGAAGAUGAUUAUGAUGUGUUUAACUUUGAAAGGAAAUACUUUGAUUUCAACAAAAAUGGCGAAAAAACGUUAAACACUGAAUACUCCUGAUUCAUUCUCAUGUCGUGAAAGAUACAAUGUAUAUAUACUAAAAAUGGUGUAUAAGUAAUAAAAUUUAAUAAAAGACGAUAUACAAAUAG